UGUACUGAGAAGAAAAUAGGUAGUUUGUGGACUGAUUUUACCCAGAACACAGGAUUCCAUGGAGUGAAUAAACUCACCCCCGGACGACACUACAAGAUUAGAUGCUUUUCGUGGACUGUCGCAGUUUUGGCGAUGACAGCAUACAUGACCUACAACAUAACAAAGGAGCUGAUGAAUUACUACAGAUACCCAGUGAUAACUAACACGAAGGUGGAAGUCCUCGAGGAGUUGCCUUUUCCUGCCGUCACCUUCUGUAAUCUGACUCCGGUUAAUCUGACCAAGAUUAGAGCAGUUGAUCCUUAUCUGGAGGAGUAUUACACAAAAGUCAGCAUGUUAGGACGACGGAUGGGGAAUAUAAAUUGGAGUGACCCUGGCUACGGGUCAACAUUUCGGAAGAGUCAUAAACAUGACUGGUGGGAAAAUAUGUCCAUGACUCUAAGCCGAAUGUUUUAUAUGUGUUUGAUGAAUGGCGUUGAACAUCGCCCCUGCACCAUUGCAAUGAAACCUGUUUUCACUAACAUGGGUCGCUGUGCCACCUUUAACUGGAAUGCUUCUGAUGUUGCUAAAGUUAGACUUACUGGAUCGGACAACAAUCUUAUCAUGUAUGCCAAUAUUGAUCAGCCCAACUAUGUUCCUGGGUCACAGCUUGCUGCUGGGAUAAAGUACGAGUACCUGCCACCACCCUAUCAGGCCUUCAAGAACCGGACAUGCUUGGAUACUUUAUCACCCUCAUUUAACAACACGCUGCAAUAUUUCGACACCUACACAUAUGAAAACUGUCUUCAGGAAUGCGUUACCAGGAUAACACGCGACCGGUGUGGUUGCAUAAGGGCCUCAGAUAACGGUAACCUGGGAGGUCAGAUGGGCAUCUGUCUGGGAGCCAGUAUCCUGACUCUCACAGAACUCGGAGAGUUCCUCCUCAUUCUCAUUCUCACAAUCUUCAGGAGAUGGAAAUAUGGCGGCCAAGUCAAGCAUAUCAAACCUAUUCAGCACUGAAGUAAAGUGUUGUCUACAGCC